AUGUCCAUCACAGAGAUUGGGAAAAGAUUUACCUUCAAAACCCAAUUCGAAGCAGAAUUGGAAGAGGCCGCUGCAGACUAUCAAAGAAUACAGCCGUCACUCAAUUCCCUCGCCCCAAGUAUAUCAGUUCCUCCAAUAUCACAGCCAACAGCCUUCCUUAGAGCACACACCGAUCAUGACUCGAAUCCCGAUUGUAAAAUCAAGAUGGCUCACGGAACCACCACGCUGGCGUUCCGGUUCCAAGGAGGAAUUAUCGUGGCCGUCGAUUCUAGAGCCACCGCUGGCAAUUGGAUUGCGUCUCAAACCGUGAAGAAAGUCAUUGAAAUCAACCCAAUGUUAUUGGGAACUAUGGCUGGUACAGCCUGCGACUGUCAGUAUUGGGAAACCUGGUUGGGAACUCAAUGCAGACUUCAUGAGCUUAGAAACAAAGAGCGGAUCUCGGUUUGUGCUGCAUCUAAGAUCUUGUGCAAUCUCGUCUACAGUUACAAAGGCAUGGGUCUCGGAAUGGGUACCAUGAUUUGCGGAUACACACCAAAAGAGGGCCCUACCAUCUACUACGUGGAUUCUGACGGAACGAGAUUGAAGGGCGAUAUGUUUUGCGUCGGUUCUGGCCAGACAUUUGCCUACGGUGUGCUUGACACUAAUUACAAGUGGGACCUGUCCGUUGAGGACGCUCUUUACUUGGGAAAAAGAGCUAUCCUUGCUGCCGCACACAGAGAUGCAUACUCUGGUGGAUCUAUCAAUCUAUACCACGUCACCGAAAAUGGAUGGGUUUUCCACGGCAAUCACGAUGUUGGUCCUCUUUUCUGGGAAAUCAAAGAGAAGGAGAAGUCGUUCAACAAUGUCGAGGCAUAA